AGCAGGUUGUUAGUGAGACACCAAGAUGCGUACUUUGUUAUUAUUAGUGUUGGGGGCUGUGGCCGUGGCAGCUGUCCCGAAGAACCCACAAAGGAUUGUGGGUGGGUCUACUACCAACAUUAGCAACUACCCCUACAUCGCUUCCCUGCUGUACAGCAGGAACUCAAACACUUACUGGCAAAGCUGCGGUGGUACCGUCAUCAACUACAGGACCAUCCUGACUGCUGCCCAUUGCACAUUCGGAGACUCCGCCGGCCAGUGGCGCAUCCGUGUCGGCUCGACCUACGCCAACAGCGGCGGCACCGUGCUCGCCACCAACCGCAUCCUCAACCACCCCAACUACAACACUCGCACCAACGACAACGACGUGGCCCUCCUCCGCUCCCAGAGCAACAUCAACCUGGGCGGCAACGUGCAGGCCGGAGUCAUCGCCGGGUCCAACUACAACCUGCCCGACAACGCGCAAGUCUGGGCCGCUGGAUGGGGAACCACUAGCUUCCUUGGCCAGUCCUCCGAGCAGCUGCGUCACGUGCAGAUCUGGACCGUGAACCAGUCCACCUGCAGGAACCGUUACGCCCAACUCGGAUACUCUGUCACCGACAACAUGUUGUGCUCGGGCUGGCUCGAUGUCGGCGGUCGCGACCAGUGCCAGGGUGACUCCGGUGGUCCCCUCGUCCACAACAACGUCAUCGUCGGUGUCUGCUCUUGGGGACACGAGUGCGCCCGCGCCCAGUACCCUGGCGUCAACGCCCGCGUCUCUCGCUACACCUCCUGGAUUCAGAACAACGCGUAAGACUUGGCAGUAACCAGUCAACAUGUCACGCGACCAAUUAGUUUUGAAUUAAAGAUAAUUUAA